GAAGACAUCUUUUUGCCCAUCCUUCGUCCACCGUCCUAGCAUAGCAUAUCGGGGGCCGAUUUUAAAAGAGAAGGAAAUGCUUCGCCUCCUUACAAGAUAUAUAACGGGGAGGGGAAGGGGAACAUACCUCUGUUGUCCCUUCAUUUCAUAAGUCCAUCCUCGCGAGUCUUCCACGCGCAAGUUCAACAUUCAACAGGAAAUAUCGCGCAGACCGAAGUACUACGUAGUAGGCUGAAACAAGGAAUCUAUCACCGCCCUUUGCCAUCAUGAGACGAUCAACUCUGUUUGAAGUUCUUAUAUUGUCAUCUCUCGUCUCGUCCGCGUAUGCCUUAGGAGGGGAUCGAGAUUGUCCUGCCGAUCCUUACGCCGAUCCCGCCAAUGACACUUGUAAUCCUCUGCGCUAUAUUCCGAACAUGGCGCUUAACUGUUUAGGGGCUGCUUUAUUCCUUAUUGUGGCUGCCAUCCUUACUUUCUAUUCCUUCCGCCGCAAAGCCAACUAUUUCCUAUGCCUUGUCAUUGGCGCGUGGUUCGAAGGAAUAGGCUUCGUCCUCCGUGUUCUGAUGAGAGACAAUCUCCACAACCUUAACCUCUAUAUUGUUGCAAAUUUGUUCAUCGUCCUUGCUCCAUGCGCAUUCCUUGCGGGCGAUUACAUAUUGUUUGGUCGACUCGUGCAGUUUCUCGAGGCGCAUCAUCAUAUACGCCCUUUCAAAGCCCGGCAGGUCUCGUGGAUUUUUAUUUCCUCUGAUAUACUUACAUUUCUCAUCCAAGGCUCUGGCGGUGGACUGUCUGCUAGCUCUAGCAUCGAUUCAGCCGAGUUAGGUGCUCAUUUGUUCCUUGCCGGUAUCGUCAUCCAGAUGGUUAGCUUCAUCUUUUUCUCCUGUGUCUGGGUCCUGUUUGGUAUCCGAGUAUUUACCGGAGACAAGCAGCUCUGGCACCGUGAAGGAUGGAAGCCUCUGUACUUCGCAUUGGGAUUUACCUGCAUUUGCUUUAUCGUUCGAAGCAUUUACCGAACUGCCGAACUUUCUGGCGGCUACAUCAGUUACCUGUCUACCCACGAAGGAUACUUCUUGGGUCUCGAUUCGCUUCCCUUGCUCCUCGGCAUUGCGACCUAUAUCUUCUUCUGGCCGGGCAACUAUCUUCAAUUCGAUGGGAACCCCUUCAAAAAGUCCAAAACCAGAAGAAUUGAGGAGGGCGCCCAGAUGUAUCCCCUCAAGGCUGGUGACAGCUAUGAGACCCAACCUGGACUAGAUGCUAAAAUGACGCCGACAUAUACCAAUCAUUAUGAGAGAAGGUAGAAAGGGCAGUCCUCUCAUUAUUUGUACAUAGAUUCAGCCCUUCACGAUGGUUGCUUUUGGAAAAUGUUUUAUGCAAUGAAUUCAGAAUCUUCGACGAGGAUAGCUACUACCAGUUAAUAAUUGACAUACAACAGUUAUGAUUACAUAAAUAGUAUCAACAAUAGAUAUUUCUCCAGAGGGGC